CUAGGUUGGACUUUGUGUGCAGACUGAUAAACAAGCUGAGUAUAAAUAGGGAGGAGACGGCCCAUUGUGCAGAGCAGCAGUCUGCGGAGGACCAAGGGGCAGAGUGAGGCCCCAUCAUGUGGAAAGGCUUUGCUCUUGCCCUGGCUCUCUGCCUUCUCCCUUGGGGAGGGGCAGAGAGCCAGGGUCACCGAACGCUGUGCAAAAAAACACCCGACUGGAAGAUAGGAAGCCAGAAUCCCAUGCUGGAUGCUGAUGGAACAGUCACCGUUGUGGCACUUCUUCAAGCAAGCUGAUACCUGUGUCUGCUGCAAGCUUCCAGCUUGGAAGUACUGCAGCAGAAGUUGGAUAAUGAACACUAUGCAAACGUGUCCUUUAUGGUGAUCAACCACCAAGAUGAACACUCACGUCUGAAAUACCACGAGCUGAAGUCCAGGGUCCCGGAAAACAUACCGGUGUAUCAGCAAGAAGAGGAGCAGCUUGACGUCUGGAGACUACUGAAGGGGAAUAAAAAUGACUUCCUCAUUUACGACAGGUGUGGGCGCCUGGUGAAACACAUCGAGCUUCCCUACGCGUUUUUGCAGUUCAGUUAUGUGGAGGAUGAAAUAAAGUCAGUUUAUUGUGAAAACGCCUGUGGAGACUGCAAACACCAGAUUCCCGAUGUGUGCAAGAAAGAAGAGAAUGUACCAGCAGAGGCUAAGGUAGUGGAAGAGCCAUCGGAGACACUUAAACAACGUCCCCAUCACCACCACCACCAUCACAGACAUGGGCACCAGCAGCAUGAGGAGGACAAGUUGACAGAUGUUAGUGGUUCAAACACCAACGUGCACAGAAGGCAUCACCACCGCCAGGGUGAAGAAGGAGUGGGAGAAGUUGAAGAGGUCAGGCCAGAGCACCCUAGUGAGAACAGGGUAGCUGAGUCAGACCCCUCAGCCCUAGGAAAUAAACUCUGAAAAAAGGUUAGGAGCUGACGAAAGCAAUAUCUCUGAGACUGGGAGGAGGCGUCAGGAAAGACCACCAACAGCUGAUGCUGACACUGCAGACAGCUGUCUUUGCAGACAGCACGAAGCGGAGUCACCUGACAGUGUAAGGGGGGUCUCCCAGCUUCCUGCAAAUGACAGGAACUACUGGCAGACACCACCUCAGAAUCCUGACAGUGACGUCUGCCUCCAGCUGCAUGACAAACAUCCAAAG